UGUUGAUUUAACGCGAUGCCUGAACCAGCCAAGUCCGCCCCGGCCCCGAAGAAGGGCUCCAAGAAGGCGGUGACCAAGGCGCAGAAGAAGGACGGCAAGAAGCGCAAGCGCAGCCGCAAGGAGAGCUACUCGGUGUACGUGUACAAGGUGCUGAAGCAGGUGCACCCCGACACCGGCAUCUCGUCCAAGGCCAUGGGCAUCAUGAACUCGUUCGUCAACGACA